UAAGAAUCUAUUCAUCUACUUUGAUUACUACACUUCUAAUUAAUCAACAAUCAUCAAUUUAUUCCAAAAAAGAAAACACAAAUCAUCGCCAAUAAGACAAAAGCCGUGUCUGGUCUCAAGUCGUAUGUUUCUCUGCCGUUUCCUUUUCCCCCCUUCACUGAUCAACAAAUAAAACCUUUCUUUUAAACCCUUUGAUUUCUCACGAUCCCCUUCUAAUUUGAUCUUUGUUUUAGCUUGAGAUUCUCCAGGUGCUGCAUGGAGAUUGUGGCUGAUGCUGCAUAAAUGGAAGCAGGAAUUCCUUUACAACUUCAAAUCUAUCACAUAUUUUUUGGGGAUUAAUGAUACGUCCUUGAUGGUGAACCCAAGAAUCCAACAUCGUCCUACCAUCUGCUAUAGGCCUAUAAAGCCAUCUGAUUUAGAGACCUUAGAACGAAUCCACAGUGACGUAUUUCCUAUCAGGUAUGAGUCUGAGUUUUUCCAAAGUGUCGUGAAUGGAUGUGAUGUUGUGUCAUGGGCAGCUGUUGAUCGCAGUCGACCUGAUGGUCAAAGUGAUGAGCUUAUCGGAUUUGUUACCGCAAGAAUCAUCUUGGCAAAGGAUAGUGAGAUAGCGGAUUUGCUCAGGUAUGACUCAUCAAGGGUUGAUCAAACAUUAGUGUAUAUUCUGACACUCGGAGUUGUAGAUGCAUACAGAAAUCUCGGUAUAGCUACAGCACUUAUACGAGAAGUUAUUAAAUAUGCUUCGAGCAUCCCAGUGUGCCGUGCAGUUUACUUGCAUGUGAUUUCUUAUAAUAAUCCAGCCAUUCAUUUAUACACAAAGAUGUCGUUCAAUUGCAUACGGAGGUUGCAUGGAUUUUACUUGAUCAAUGGUCAGCAUUAUGAUUCAUAUUUGUUCGUUUAUUAUGUAAAUGGUGGACGUUCUCCUUGCUCACCAUUAGAGCUGGUCACAGUUAUUGUUCGUUGCAUGAAGACCGGUCUCAAGUCCAUGGCUGCUAAGCUGAUGAUGGCGAAAGUGAAAUGGCCUAAAGGUAACGAAACCCGGGGUCCUGUAUUAACUCCAAAUAAGAGAAUGACUCAUAUCGAGUGUUCCGGGUUAGAGUAUGUUUAAUAAGUGUUGUAGUUGUGGUUCGAGACAUUAAAAAAAUAGCAGAGUUGAUUCCACCAUCCAAAGAACAAAAGAAUAUUCAAUGACUGAUCUAUAAUGUCCCCCUGUGCCCCUUCAUCUGUUAAUGUUUCCUGAAGAAAUAAAAAGAAAUGGAGAAAAUUGUUUGUUUA